AUGGUGAGCAUGAGUGAGGGUCUGUUGACUCCAGCGUCGUCGUUGUUGAUGUCACAGCUGGACGACGACUACGUCAUGAUAGAACAGCUGUUCAGUUCGACGGUAACUGCAUGCGAUGACACUCACUGUUUCACUGACCUCUUCAGGGUCAUGCCCUCUAGAAUGGAUAGCUUGGCGAUAGUUUUUCAAGUGAUAAUAAUGAAUGAUAAUGGUGAUGGUGUUAAUAAUAGCAAUGAUAACGCUGAGGCAGAUGUCAGAAUUGGAACAGCGGUUAAACAGCUGAGAGCCAUUGAUCCUGACGUAAACUCUACGCUCACUUACCGAAUUCUCCAGCAAACAUCCUUCAACAACAAAAAAACAAUUGGCAAAAGUCGAGGCAGCGAAACUAACUACAACCACCGAAACGAAAUUACCAACAACAACAACAACGACAACAACAACAAUAACAACAACGACACUAACAUCAACAGCAACAACGACAACAACAUCAACAACAACAACAACAAUGAUAAGAGCAUAGUUAAAAAUAAGGAAGAACUGAUACAAGUCAUAAACCAACAACAAGAUAAACGCCAACUAACUCCGGAACAACGACACGUACUGUUUCUGAUUCAGCAACAACAACUUGAGCAACAACAACAACAUCAACAACAACCUCAACCACGACAUCAACAACAAUAUUUUAAGAUCAACGAAACUACGGGACAGAUCUCAACUUCAUCUCAAUUAGAUUAUGAACUACAUACUAAAUAUAUACUUCUCGUGCAAGUGAGAUAG